AUGAGCGAUUUGAAUGCUAACAAGGCUUCAAGUGCGCAGACUUCAUUACCGCGAGAACGUGUUUUUAUUGACUCAAGUGAUCCCUCAUUUCCCAAUCAAGUAAUUAACAACAACAGCGAACAAACAUUUAAACCUCCAUUUCCUCCCACCAUUACUCCCCAAGAUUUGGUAGAGAAAAGACCUGAUGGACGCGCUCCUGCUAGAGCUCCAAAUUCUUUCAUUGUCUAUCGAAAAGCAUGCGUCGAGGAGGCACGUAAAAAGGGUUAUUACUUACCAAUGACUGUCAUUUCCUCAAUUGCCUCCAAAUCGUGGGAACAAGAACCUGAGACGGUAAAAAAUGAGUACAUGAGAAUCGCACGAGAAGCCUGCGAAUAUCAUAGUGAAAUUUAUCCGAAAUAUCACAAACGAAAGAAACGUGAAAAAUGGAAUAUCAUUUCAUUUAAACAAUCAAAUCGAUCUGGCACUCUAUCAACAAACAAUUCGACUCAAUUCCCCAAAUCUUCCAGCUCGAAAGAACUUAAUACAGUCGAUGUCGUACCUUCGAGCUGUCCGCCAUCAGGGAGUCUUCGAUCUUCUGAAAUCGUCUGUGAUGAGCCAUCGGAUACGUUCCAAACCCCGAAUGUUCGUAAUACACUAUCACCGAAUUCACGUAAUAGUCAUGAUUUUUACAGCCAAACCAUUUGCCCGAGUCCCGAUCCCUCAUUUGAUGAUGAUCACCGACAAAUAGUUGAUAUGAAUGUUUCAAAUAAUCAAUUAUCUCCUGAUUUCCUUCAACUAGGUAUAACACAUCAAUUUGGUAGAGCCGCAUAUCCAAGCCCUGAUGUAAACUCGGAAGAUUUUCUUAAAACUCCUAUUCCAAAUUUGAUGUCUUUGCUCAAUGCAUCAUUAUUUCAAACCCCUACUAUGAGAGAUGAAUCCAAUAAUGCCAUAAACAUGCAUAACUGUACCAUGGCAAACUGGUUUAAUCAACCAUGGCAAGACAAUUUACAAGAGAGUGACAAUCCUUUAAAUGGAACCUAUAACGAUGGCAUCAAUUUUGAUGCAUUCGGGAUCUCCUUUUCGAAUAUGUCAGAUACUGUGACCAAUAAUAUUCAAUCUGAAAAAAGUGAGAAUAGUAAAGCUUGGAAUAAUUCUAAUAAUCCUUUUUAA